AUGGCCCGCAACGUUCAGGAGCCUUCGGGCAUCAUGGUCGCUCUGAUCACCCACUUCAAAGAGGACGGCUCCAUCGAUCUCGCUGGCAUUGACGCCCAUGUCAACCGCCUUAUCGAUGCCGGCGUGCAUGGCCUCGUCCCCGGCGGCAGCACCGGCGAGUUCACUGCCCUCACCACCGAGGAGCGCAAGCAGCUUGUCGAGCAGGUUGUCAAGUCUUCCGCCGGCCGUGCCCACGUCAUGGCCGGCAUUGGCGAGCUUUCCACCGCCAAGGCUGUCGACCUGGCUGUCCACGCUGCCAAGGUUGGAGCCCACUCUCUGAUGGUCGUCCCUCCGUUCUAUGACGCUCCCAACAAGGAGGAGCUCCGGGAGCACAUGCGCGAGAUCCAUACUGCUAGCGGUCUUCCCAUUGUCUACUACAACAUCCCUUCUGCCAGUGGCGUCACCCUGUCGCCCAAGGAGAUUGCUGAGCUGAACACCGUCGGCGUCCACUACCUCAAGGACACCUCUGGUAACGGCCCCGCCCUGACCGAGCUGCUCUUCGCCCACCACAAGGACAUCACCGCCUUCAAUGGCUGGGACACCCUCACAUUCUAUGGAAUCGCCGCCGGCGCCAAGGGCUCCGUCUGGGGUGCCACCAACUUUAUCCCCGAGCUUUCCAUGGAGCUCUGGCAGGCGCUAGCCGUCGAGGGCGACCUUAAGCGCAGCCGCGAGAUCUGGGCCAAGAUUUUCCCCAUCUGCAAGAUCCUCGAGUCUAACAACUACUGCGCUGGCGUCAAAACUGGCAUGCAGCUGCGCGGAUGGAAGACCGGCGAGGUCCGCAAGCCGUUCAAGAUCCUCGAGGGAGCUCCCAGGGCCGAGCUCGAGGCUGCUCUCAAGAGUGCUGGUGUGUUGUAA